CACGCGCCCGUCGCUAGCAGGCAGCGAGCAACGAGAAGGAGCACAUUCGAAGCACCAUCAAGAUGGUAAGGACCGCCGUUGUCUUGCUGUUUCUGCUGGCGAUGGCUGCCGUCCAGUCACCCGCCGCAGCUCAAAACUGCCCGCCGAGCUACCACAAAAAGAACCCUAAUCACACGGCUUGCAAGCGGCGAAACUUCUGGUGCAAGAUAAAGGUCAAAGGCGUGGGCCCCUUUGAUCGCAACUUCAUCUUGAAACUGCACAACGAGUUCCGGAGCCAAACCGCACUGGGGAGACUGCCGGGCUUCCGAUCGGCAGCUGACAUGCAGGAGCUGCUCUGGGACGACGAGCUGGCAUACGUAGCACAGGCUCACGCCAAUCUCUGCACGAAGCCGGAUGGUGACCUGAAGCAUGAUGAGGUCACGGACCGCUUUACCAGUCGCUUCACAAAGACGGGCCAGAACUUGGCCUGGCAAGGCCGGUCCAAAUACGUCGAGGGAGCCAACUGGACCUGGGCUAUGGACGGCUGGUUCACGCAGGAGUACGGACUCUACCCGCCAGAAAACGUGUCCCAAUUCACUCCCAUUGAAGGUGUCAAGAUAGGCCACUUCACCCAGGUAAUCUGGGCCGCGACGCGCUAUGUGGGCUGCGGCUACGUCUACUACAAUGCCGAAGGGGCUGUUUAUACGCACAUGAAGCAAUACACCUGCAACUACGGCCCUACCGGAAACUACGUAGGGGAGCCCAUCUACAAGGAAGGCCCGACGUGCAGCGCCUGCCCGCCGUCCACUAGCUGCAACCGGACAACGGGUCUGUGCGGCGUUUCGUCGGGCAGUCCUCCGACCAGCAGUACUAAAACGGGGCCCACAACGACGCCAUCUGAAGGACAACUGCCGCCCCUGUCCUGUCCGCCCUGUCCAUGCCUGCCUACGCCGAAUGUAUAUCAGGCGCCUGCCUCACGCUAUCCGGGUUAUCGCUAUCCGCCCCCGUACACCAAGCAAAGGCGGUACCCUCCAUACGCAAAGGACCCGGCGCCGAGGCGUUACCCAUUACCUUACGAACCACGACGGCGCAAUGGGCUGCCUCGUUGCGUAGAUGUAGAGGGUUACAAGCCAGGAGUUCCGGGGCAAGCGGCCUGUGUACAGGAUGGUGGCAGCACAGGCCUUCCUAGCGUCGACGACAGUGACGGCGCGCACUAUGGACGUCCCGGCCGAGGUGCAGCUAUCUGGCUGUACUUCGUUGCAGGCACCGUCACUUCAAUGGCGGCGGUAGGGGUGUUGCUUGGCCUACUCUUGGUCUUCUGGCGCUUCAUCGGCUCGACAGAUGGCGCUGGAGCGAAGCUGUCGACCGAGGUGAUGGUGACGCCGGCCUACUCGGGCACGUCGACUUAAGAAGGCGCGGUUGUCUUAGUGGGCGCCGUAUAACGAAGGCCGUAAUCGACGAAGCCCCGCAGAGGCUGUUGGCCGAAAUAAAGAAUGCACACAGGCCA